GCCGGUAAUUGAGAUUUAAGAACAAAUACGUGAUAGAGUUACUAAGUGCUGAAAGCUUCUAAACGACGUAGCCAUCUCUUCCUCCAUGCGUCUGUUAAGCUUAAUUAUCAUCGAGCAGAAAAUAUCAAAUUCAAAUUCUCAAAUACAUAUACUACGUACAACGUAUAUCUGAACUACACUGGACCAUCUAGCAAGCUUUAUCGCGGAUUCUUGGCAUCUCAGCUGAGGAUAAAAUGCGAAUUGGGUUCACUCGAGCUUUGGUAUCCUCCCUCGCUAGAUCAUAGAUAGAAUGAUUGAUCAGUUGAUCUACUCAACCGACAUACAAGAAGGUUCUUUCCACCUUUCUCUCCAUACUUCGACUCUUUGAAGUUUUUACCUUUUUCCCUGCUAUAGAUCUGCAUUUAUGUCACUGAAAUGAGGUCUCUAAUCUUGUGCUCGAAUUAGGUUGUAUUUCUUAUGGAUAUAAUUUGAGAAGAACCGCAGAGGCAGAAGUUUUGGGCAGAAAUGAGGGGAGAAUGCAACAAGCUUUGAUGGUGUACAUCGGUAAAUGGAACGAUGAGCUUCCCUGGGUAUGAAGUGGCUAUUAAGGUUUGAUACUUUGAGGCUGAUAGUCCUGAAGCAACUUUGUCAUGGGGGUUUCUGGAAAGUGGUUUAGGUCACUGAUUGGUUUGAAAAGACCUGAAAAAUCAUAUGCCAGUGGACAUGAUGAAAAUAAAACUGGAAGCACGAAAAAGUCUACACACAGGAGAAAGCAUUCUGUUGAAAUUGAUAGGGACCCACUUCAGAAUGAGUUCGGUCAUAAUGAUGAUGUCAGCAUUUCAGUUCGCGUUGGUGUUGGUUCACCUUCUUACUCACAUCAAGUGCAGGGUCCAGCUCAAAGUCAACCAAGUAUGAGAAAAGAAUGGGCAGCAAUUCGUAUUCAAACUGCUUUUAGAGGAUUUUUGGCUAGGCGGGCUCUGCGGGCAUUAAAAGGAUUAGUGAGACUUCAAGCACUUGUGAGGGGUCAUGCCGUAAGAAAACAAGCUGCUACUACCCUCCGAUGUAUGCAAGCUCUUGUGAGAGUUCAAGCCCGCGUCAGAGCAAGGCGUGUUCGUAUGGCACUGGAGAGUCAGACCUCACAUCACAAGCUUCAGCAAAAACUAGAACAUGAUGCCCGCGUUCGAGAAAUAGAAGGAGGGUGGUGUGACAGCAUCGGCUCUGUUGAACAAAUUCAAGCCAAACUUUUAAAGAGACAAGAGGCAGCAGCUAAGCGUGAGAGGGCGAUGGCUUAUGCUUUGGCUAACCAGUGGCAGGCAGGAUCAAAGCAGCAUGCUACUUCAGGUGGUUUUGAACCUGAUAAGAACAAUUGGGGCUGGAACUGGUUGGAGAGGUGGAUGGCUGUUCGUCCAUGGGAAAAUCGCUUCUUAGACAUGAAUAUUGCAGAUGGAGUUAAGAUUCAAGAUGAUUAUGGAUCAGAAGACGUAAAAAAUGGAAGCAAUAACCAGAUGAAAUCCUCUGUCAGCAAGAAACCGUUUUCUUCCACCACCCCAAUUGAGAUAGUGGGUCCUUCCCAUUCAAGCUCUAGCACGCAAGAAGCACCUUCUACAUCUUGUGGCCCACCAAACUCCAAGUUAAAUCCAGAAGGUUUAGCUGAAGAAGUUAGUUCAAGACCUACAAUUGGCUCAAGGUCACAAAGCAAUCCUAAAGAGAGGAUUGCUGCUUCGGACAAACAAGGAAAGAGAAGAUUGUCUCUACCCACUAGUGGGAAACAGGGCAUUAUUGGAACUCAAGCAACAAGGCUGCCCGGUCGGCCUGUUGUUAAGAAGACAACUAAUGCACUGAAGGUUACAAAAGACAAACCCAAAACUAACGUGAAUGAACCGAAGUCUAAUUCCCAGUAGUUGUGAAUCAGUUUUUAGAUCAAGCGUUGGAGUUUGACUUGUCUGCCUCGUGUUUAUGUUGUACAUAUGUUAUCGGGAGUAAGAAGCUGUGGUGGUUCUUAGAGCAGUCUCUUUUUGUGUAAAUCUAUUCAGAAAUUAUCCAUUGUGCAUCUUAGAUGCAGUUCCUCGUGUUUGUUGUUUGUUUCCUUCCCCGCUGUAGAAAAGUUGAGUGAUUUUCCCAGUUCAGGUUUCUUGUGGUUAGAGUGGUGAGAGUUGAUCGGUUGAGCCUUGAGAUGCUCAGUUCUUGUAAUAAAUAUAAUUCUUUAUUGGCUUAAAUACGUUUUUAGUCCCUGCAAAUAUGACAUACUUUGUUUUAGGUCCCUGCAAAAUAAAUUUUUUGUUUUUCAUC